AUGCUGGCGCUUCAUAUCGUUCUGCUCGUUCUCCUGAGCGUCUCCCUGGCCUUUGCCAUUGUCGAGCUCGGACUCUCUGCCUACGUCGCCACCUUCUGGGGUAGAAGCUACAAGGAGUACUACUGGGACCCUUAUGAGGGCUAUGUCUACAAGACUGUCCAUGAGAGUACCCCUGGUAUCCUGAUCUUCAUAAUCUUCAGCGCCUGUUGGACCAUCCUGGCCGUCGUCGCGGCCCUCGUCCUGCCCUGGUUCUAUGCCCGAAAGGGUUUCGUCAGCACGACCCUCAAUACUAUCCUCGGCAUCGGCUUCACCGUUGUUUACUUUGUGACCUCCGUCUUCUGGCUGGCCUGCUUCGCUGAUAUCGAGUCCUUGUUGGGCGGCGCGACCAGCUCCAAUGACUACCUUAAUGCCGUGAUUGCUUUCGCCAUCUUGCUUUGGCUCAUUUUCCUCGCUCUCUUCAUUCUUGCCAUCCUGGCGCUCUGCGGUGUGUUGGCUGCGGAAUGGGUGGGAUACCAGCCGAUGCGCAAGCGUGGUGUCCCCGUGGCGCCACAGACCACGGAAGCCCCCGUGGUUCAGGCCCAUGAUGGGCCGAUGAGUACGACCCCUGUUGCUCCCUCGGAGCUGUCUACUCGUGAUGCUGAGGCUUUGCAUAACCAGCAACCCACCACACAGGCGCAUAAUGCCUCGUCGCCAACCGCCCACGCCAGCGCUGAGCUCAGCGGCGAUAGUAGUGUCCACCAUGGCCACCAGCAGACGGUGGAUCAUUGA